UUCACAGCUGUCAGUCUAUCAGGAAUACGGAAUACGAUUUGUUUUCCAAUUUUCCCAAUAAUGAGAAAGAAAAAGUAACGUGGAUUUAUCGAGAAACAUUACAUCCGAUCGUUGUUGUGUGUUGUUUAAUGUGAAGGACAAUUUAUAACUUUCAAAAUGGUUUUAAUGACAAUGAUUGCGAGGGUCGCUGACGGCCUGCCUCUUGCCGCUACCAUGCAAGAAGAUGAGCAGAGUGGCUGCAAUAUUCUGGAGUAUCAGAACCAGGCAAAAAUGCUGUUUAGGAAACUAGGACCCCAGUCUCCCCUGCGGUGUUCCAUCGAGACUGGGCCAUAUCUCUUUCACUAUUUAAUUGAGAACGAGAUAUGCUAUCUAGUGCUUUGUGAGCGAAAUUACAGUAAAAGGCUAGCAUUCAGCUACCUCGAAGAAAUUGCCCAGGAAUUCUACCAGCAAUACGGCAAAAGAGUGAACACAGUAACCCGGCCUUACACGUUCAUCGAGUUCGACACCUGGAUGCAGCGCGCGCGCAAGCAAUACUCGGAGGGCGGCGCCCGAGCGCGCAGGGCGGGCGCGGCGGCGGCGCUGGGCGGCCAGCUGGGCGACGUGCAGCGCAUCAUGAUGCAGAACAUCGACGACGUGCUGCAGCGCGGCGCCGUGCUCGCAGAGCUGGACACAAAGACGCAAAACCUGUCUAUGAUGUCGCAGAAAUACAAAAAGGACGCCACCUACUUGAACACCAAGUCGAUGCUGGUGAAGGCAACCGCCGGCGCCGUCAUCCUGCUCGUCUUCGUGCUUUACUUCUGGGUGUUGUAGAACUAACCUCCGCAAUUAGGAUGUUGCGGUCCGGCACUAAUGCUGCAGGGGAAAAAUUGCUAAAAAAAACCUUCUAUUUUAAUGACCAAAUGUUUUCAUAAAGAUCCUAUACAAGGCUAUAUCUGGCAACUAAGCAGAAGUAUCAUAUUGUGUUUUCUACCUUAUUCCUUACAGCCUCGGGUUCAGGACUGAAAUGUAACUUCAAAUCAACAGCGUUUUGAAAAUUUUUUUUCUACAACAAAAAUAUUUUUGGAGAAAAUUAAAUAUGAAAUAACCAGCUGUUCUAUAUUUUAGAGUGCACUCUACCGAUUCUUUAGUGAUUCCAAUUUCUUAAUUUUUCUUUAUUUGAGUAAAAUACUUAUGUUUUUAAAAUAUAAGUAUAUUUUCAGUUCAAGGUAUUUCAUGCUUACAUAUGACUAAUAAUGGUAUUUUUAUUUUACUUUUCAUCAAGUUUUUGUUUCAACAUAAUUUAUCCUUUACCCUUUUUUAAUUUCCUACAAAAUUAAGAUCUUAGAAUCAACUGUAUGUACUCGAAAUCUGCACAAAGCACCAAUUUUUUAACUUUGAAGAGAUCUUAAUAUUUCGAUUGACAUUAUGAAAAAGGCCUAUUAUUAUUAUUUUCCUAAGCAUGAUACCCAUAAAAAUAAUAAAAACUCUUUCAAGAAUUGUUAAUGGGAAGAGCAUUCCAUACAGUGUUUAUAACUAACAUUUGCAAUAAGUGUACCAAAUGUUAUUGAUAUUAUUGUAACGAAACUAGUAUAGAUUCCCCAAGACAUUCUUACAUUAGGCAGAGUUUGAUAUAAUUAUUUACUGAUAGCUGUUACAUUUGCUUCAUGUAAUGUUCUUGAAAAUGUUUUUCAUUGCCAAUUUU